AUGGCAAAUCAACUGACGGCGAAUGGCGACUCCAGGGGUUUCGGAUCGAAGAAGGUCUCCAGCGAUUACGAUUCGUCUUUGGAACUGUCUGUGCAAGCGCGGAUAUUUAAAAUUAUUGUAAUCGGGGACUCCAAUGUUGGCAAGACAUGUCUGACCUUCAGGUUCUGUGGGGGAACGUUUCCCGACAAGACGGAAGCCACCAUUGGAGUAGACUUUCGCGAGAAACCGGUGAAUAUAGAAGGGGAAACAAUCAAGAUUCAGGUCUGGGAUACUGCUGGCCAAGAACGAUUCAGAAAAAGUAUGGUACAACACUACUACAGAAACGUACAUGCUGUGGUCUUUGUAUAUGAUGUAACAAAACUGGCCUCCUUUGAAAAUCUCAAAGCGUGGAUUCAAGAAUGCAACAGCCACUCAGUUUCACCCAGUGUGCCAAGGGUCCUGGUCGGAAACAAAUGCGAUCUCACUAACGAGAUACAAGUAUCUUCCAACAUAGCACUCCGGUUUGCAGAUGCCAACAAUAUGCUUUUGUUUGAGACCUCAGCAAAGGAUCCAAAAGAAAGCGACCACGUGGAAUCCAUUUUCAUGUCUCUGGCAUGCAAGCUGAAGGCACAAAAAACGUUGACAUUUCAACAGAUGGAGAAAAGAGAUGGAAAAGUUCAUGUACAGUCUAAUGCUAAGAGUACAUGUCCAUGUUGAGUCACUUAGGCUGAGGAGUUGAGUGAGACUGAAGCUUGUGAGACU